ACAAAAAUGAUUCAAACAUAUCAUAGACCAAUUCCUUGUCUGACAUUCCCUGCAAAGUUCUAUAUUCAUCUUCCAAUCUUCCAACACAUAGAAGAACACCAAGAUGAAGACUCGUACCUCUACCAAAAUCUCUGCAAAAUGGAUUCCCAUUUUCUCUAUCUUUUCCUUCAUACUUGGUAUGCUCAUCACAAGCAGGAUGUGGGAACCACCUGAAUCAAACGGUAGGCUGAUUUCGCAGCAUCAGCAUGAUCAAGAACUGCAAGUGAUCUCAGGGGACUGCGCUACCAAAAAGAAGCAGCCUAAGGAUGCAGUGAACGAAUUGUACAAAACCCAUGAAGCCAUUCAGCAUGCCAGAUCUCUAGACAAGCAAGUUUCCAUGCUUCAGAUGGAACUAGCAGCUGCUAGAAGUUCCCGUGAAUCCGGAAUCUCGGACUCAGAUGGCUCAGCCACCAGUUCAGGGCUCUCCGGGGAAGGCCCUACUAGGAAAAAGGCAUUUAUAGUGAUAGGCAUAAACACAGCUUUCAGUAGCAGGAAGCGACGUGAUUCAGUUAGAGAGACUUGGAUGCCUCAAGGGGAACAACUUCUUCAAUUGGAACGGGAGAAGGGAAUUGUUAUCAGAUUCAUGAUUGGCCACAGUGCAACUUCCAACAGCAUUCUAGAUCGAGCUAUUGAUUCAGAAGAAGCCCAGCACAAAGACUUCCUUCGCCUGGAACAUGUUGAAGGGUAUCAUGAGCUGUCUGCGAAGACAAAGAUUUUCUUUUCUACUGCAGUUGCAAAAUGGGAUGCUGAUUUCUAUGUCAAGGUGGAUGAUGAUGUCCAUGUUAAUUUAGGUGUCCUGGCAACUACCCUUGCUCGUCAUCGUUCAAAACCCAGGGUCUACAUUGGGUGUAUGAAAUCUGGACCCGUUCUUUCUCGAAAGGAUGUCAAGUACCAUGAACCUGAGUUUUGGAAGUUUGGAGAAGAGGGGAACAAAUACUUCCGACAUGCAACUGGACAGAUAUAUGCAAUUUCUAAGGAUCUGGCCAAUUACAUUUCCAUCAACCAGCAGAUUUUGCAUAAAUAUGCUAAUGAAGAUGUCUCGCUUGGUUCAUGGUUCAUUGGUCUUGAAGUUGAGCAUAUUGAUGACCGUAAUAUGUGUUGUGGAACUCCUCCAGACUGUGAGUGGAAGGCGCAGGCAGGUAAUAUAUGUGUUGCAUCAUUUGAUUGGAGCUGCAGUGGAAUAUGCAAGUCAGUGGAGAAGAUUAAAUAUGUCCACUCAAAAUGUGGUGAAGGGGAUGGAGCUGUUUGGAGUGCUUUAUUUUAGAAUGAUUCAAAGGAAUAUGGUUUUUUUUGCUGGUUGGAAGAGGGAUUGAUUGUUCAAUUACAGCAGCUGGAACAAUGGCAGUUUUCGGAUUUGAGAACUUUAAUUCUCUGCAAAUAGAUAUGUAACAUGGAAGAUCUCAUGAGCCAUUCAAUGCUGCUGGUUGAUCAUUUUGGGGAAGCUCUUCGCUGAAGUUAGCAAUUUCAUGAAUGUGGAUUUAAGGAUAUAGAUCUGUUCAGUGUUUAUACCUUCCAGGUUAAUUUUUUUAGUGGGGAGGAUUUGACAAUGCUCGGUGUUCUGUAACAUAGGCCUAUUCCAUAUUUAUAUUUUUAAUUUGUUCCUUUUAUUCACUGUUUUUUGCUUCUAUUUGUGUUAGGUCCCUUUUUUGUUCUUUGUAGUUAAAAAGAAUGUACUGAGAAUGUAUCAAAAAAAAAAAAAAAAAAACGUACUGAUAAUUCUCCUACUACAUUAAAUAGGUGUAUGU